AUGCUGAGCUAUACGUGGCUGCUCAAUCUCGGUGACCGCUUUCUGAUUUUUCUCUGCUGUACGUUUCUUUUCCUUGUCGAGAGAAACCGAUUCAAGAUGGUUAAAGUAAAGUGUUCCGAAUUAAGGACCAAAGACAAGAAGGAGUUGCUGAAGCAACUUGAGCAGCUCAAGACAGAAUUGACUACUUUAAGAGUGGCCAAGGUAACUGGAGGAGCUGCGUCAAAAUUAUCCAAGAUUCGUGUCGUAAGGAAGGCUAUUGCACGAGUGUAUAUUAUUAUGCACCAGAAGCAAAAGGGAAAUCUUCGCUUGUUUUAUAAAAACAAAAAGUACAAGCCUCUGGAUUUGAGGCCCAAGAAGACUAGGGCUCUGCGUCGUGUUCUUACUCCCUAUCAGGCAAGCAGGAAAACACUAAAGGAAAUACGCAAGCACUCUGCAUUUCCACAGAGGAAAUAUGCUUUGAAGGCAUAGUAUGUAUGUUUUUAAUUAAUACAAAAAUAAAAAUUUCAUAAUAAUA